AUGAUUAACUCUCCGGCGCUCUGCAGCAAGCCUCAAGCGUUCCAAAAUCCACUCACGGGGAUCAUCAUCAAGAGGAUCUUGACCUGGCUGAACAAGAAGUCAACUGGUAGCCUUGGUUCUCAAGCAAUAUCUAAUAGAAUGGAGAUUCCACCGUGGAUUGGUGAGGGCGGUGGCCGGAGGAUGAGGGCACAACAUGAAAUACCACUUUAUCCUUCCACAGACUCCACGCAGCACAUCCCUCUUCUUCCUCAUUUCUUCCUGGAUGUAGAAACAGACCAGCAAAUCAGCCGCAGGGAUUUACUCUCAGUUUUGGCCAAUUUGACCAAAGUGAUGGUGCGGGCGACAUAUAGCACCAGUCCCACGGCGGUGUACAGACUGCACAUGUUCUCCAUGGAGGUGGCUGAUCCAUCUGAGAGCGACGAGAGGGGGGAGAUCAGAAAGAGGGGAAGGGGGGGGGAGAGUGGGACGGUCUCAGCCUCCGCCGUGGAAAUGUGCUCCUGUCCUCCAGGUUUCUCUGGAACUUCCUGUGAGUCGUGUGCAGUUGGAUUUCGAAGAGUGGAUGCCGUUCUCUACAAAGGCUUUUGUGAAGCUUGUCAAUGCCACGGACACAGCUCUGAAUGCGAUCAGGUCACAGGUCACUGCCAGACCUGCAAGGACAACACCAUGGGUCCCUUCUGUGACCUCUGUGCACCUGGGUUCUAUGGCAACGCAUCUCGAGGCACGCCUUCCGACUGCAAGCCUUGUGCCUGCCCCUUGCACCUGCCAGGCAACAACUUCAGCCCAACCUGCCACAUGGGAGUCGAGGGGGAAGUGCUGUGUGACCAGUGUCCACUUGGAUACAGCGGCCCCAGAUGUGACCGAUGCUCAAACGGAUACUAUGGCCAUCCUGCGACUCCUGGAGGCUACUGUCAGCCCUGUGACUGUAACGGGAACCUAGACCUGUCCUUACCUCAGAGCUGUCAUCCAAUCACAGGCCAGUGCCAGCGCUGUCGCUCUGGUUACGGGGGUGUGGCCUGUGACUUCUGUGCCAAUGGCUACUACGGGGAGGCGGUCACAGCCAAGAACUGCCAACCUUGCCAAUGCCACACAAACGGCUCACAGUCUGACGUGUGUGAGCAGCAGACGGGACAGUGCAAGUGCAGGGAGAACGUGAUUGGACGACAGUGCGACCAGUGUGUGCCCGGCCUCUGGUGGGACCCGGACACAGAGGAUUGCGUGCCUUGCCGGUGCAGUCUUCUGGGCUCUCUGUCUCAGUUCUGUGAUGCUGAUGGCCUCUGUUCCUGUCGGGAGGGGUAUGUGGGCCGCGGAUGUAACCACAGACAAAGCUCUGCGCGCAGGGAGGCGCGCAGGGAGACACGCAGGCCCCUGGAGCGCAUGCCCGUGGAGGCCGUGCAGCAGAGAUGGGUGUCCCGUUCGGGCGGCUGUCCCAGGGGCGCGUACAGGCCCAGUGCAGGGGCAGAGACGCAUGGCCUCAGCUCUGGGGGCAUGUGUGUCCCCUGUCACUGUAACUCGUUUGGAUCCAAAUCGUUUGACUGCGACGAGUCGGGUCAGUGCCGCUGUCAGCCUGGAGUGGGUGGAGCCAAGUGUGACCGCUGCUCCAGAGGUUACUUCAACUUCCAGGAGGGAGGCUGUACACCGUGCGAUUGCAGUCACGUGGGAGACAACUGUGACACCAACACAGGUCAGUGCAUCUGCCCCCCCAACACCAUGGGAGAGAGGUGCGACCGCUGCGCCCCCAACCACUGGGGACAUGAUAUCACCACAGGCUGCAAGGAUUGCGCCUGUAACUCUCUGGGCUCCCUGUCGCAGCAGUGUAACAUAAACACUGGUUGCUGUACAUGUCGAGAAAAUUUCAGGGGAGAGAAGUGCAACGAGUGUCAGAUCGGCUUCAGAGACUUUCCACAGUGUAUCCGAUGCCAGUGCAACGUGGCAGGCUCUGACAGAGAGACCUGUGAUCUGGAGCAGGGUGUCUGCGGCUGCGCUCAUCACACCGGCAAGUGCAGCUGCAAGGUGAACGUGAUGGGAGACCAUUGUGAUCAGUGCAAAGCCGAUACAUUUGGACUGUCGCUGCAGAACCCUCUGGGUUGCAGCAAGUGUUACUGCUACGGACUGACCCACUCCUGCUCCGAGGCCCCCGGCCUCAUCCGGAUGUGGCUCACACUGAGGCAGGAGCAGACAGUGCUCCCCCUAGUGGACAAGUCUAACACUCUGGAGACCAGAACCGGAGUGACUUUUCAGCAUCCGGAGAUCCUGGCGCAUUCAGAGCAAGUCGCACCAGUGCUGUCGGAGCCAUACUACUGGAAACUCCCUGAGCAGUUCAGAGGAUCCAUGAUCACAGCAUAUGGCGGGCAGCUUAAGUAUGCAGUGUAUUACGAGGCCCGAGACGAAACUGGGCCCUCGUCCUAUGAGCCACAGGUCAUCAUUAAAGGAGGCCCCAACCAUAACAUGAUCAUGAUGAGACACACCACAGGGUUGCAGAUUGGACAGCUCACCCGCCACCACAUCGACAUGACGGAGACAGAGUGGAAGUUUGCAGACGGCCGGUCCAUGACUCGAGAAGACUUCAUGGAUGUUCUGUUCUACGUGGACUACGUCCUCAUCAAGGCGUCGCACGGGAAUAUGAUGAGACAAAGCCGUAUCUCUGAGAUCACUCUGACGGUGGCUGAAGAAGGUCGACCCACGAAAGAGAGUGAGAAAGCUCAUCAGGUGGAGAAGUGCGAGUGUCCCCUGGGUUACUCCGGUUUGUCCUGUGAGGAGUGUGCUGGACGACAGAGACUUGUUUAA